AUGGCUCUGGCCGACGAAGCCCCGUCCAGAGGCCAUGUCGCCCCCAAAUGGCGCGGCACCCAGGCUGACCAGGCCGAUAUGAGCGCUCUAGGGAAAGAGCAAGUCUUGCGACGUAACUUCCGAUACAUCUCCAUUGUAGGAUUUGGCUGCACGCUGAUCGCCACGUGGGAGGUUGUUUUGACGCUGCUUGCGCAAGGACUGACCGAUGGAGGAACUGCCGGUCUGAUCUGGGGGUACCUCAUCGUCGCUACUGGGUUCCUUCUGGUGUUCCUGAGUCUGGCCGAGAUGGCAUCCAUGGCGCCCACCUCCGGCGGACAAUACCAUUGGGUAUCGGAGUUUGCCCCUCCUAGCUGCCAGAAAUUCCUCAGCUACAUCACCGGCUGGCUAUGUGCUACAGGCUGGCAAUGCGCCAUUGUAGCGAUCGCGUAUUUGGCUGGAACUAUCAUCCAAGGCCUGAUAGUGCUGAAUCAUCCGGAUUAUGAAGGCCAGCGGUGGCACGGCACCCUGCUGGUUAUCGCCAUCACCUUGUUUUCGAUCAUAUUCAACACAUUCCUGGCCAAGCGGCUGCCAUUCGUGGAGGUAUUGAUUCUGAUUCUGCAUGUGUGCGGCCUGUUCGCGAUCAUAAUUCCGCUGUGGGUCCUUGGCCCUCGCCGCAGCGCGAAGGAGGUGUUUACCGAAUUCAACAACGGCGGAGAUUGGAACAGCGCGGGAACUGCCACGCUCGUUGGAUUCUCGACUACAAUCACCGCGCUGAUUGGAUAUGAUUGUGCAGUGCACAUGUCGGAGGAGAUCAAAGAUGCGUCUGAAACCCUGCCAAAGGCGAUGAUCACCUCUGUCUGCGUCAACGCCGCCUCCGGCUUCCUGAUGCUGGUGACUGUCUGCUUCACACUAGGGGACAUUGACGACAUCCUGGCCAGCCCAACAGGAUAUCCGUUCAUGCAGGUGUUCUAUAACGCGACAGAGAGUCUGCCGGGAACGAACACCAUGACCGCUAUUCUAGUGCUGACUCUAACGGCGAGCACAAUUACAGAGGUUGCAACGGCAUCGCGCCAGUUGUGGUCUUUCGCGCGUGAUCGCGGCCUUCCUUUCUCCGAUUUCUUCGGCUAUGUAAACCCCGGUUGGAAUAUCCCCUUGAAUUCCGUGAUGGUCUCGCUAGUAGUGACAGUCCUCUUGUCACUCAUCAAUAUCGGCUCCACAACCGCACUACUCGCCAUUGUGACCCUGACCAUUGGCGCAAUGAUGUCCUCAUAUAUCAUAACAAUUGCAUGCGUGCUCCUCAAGCGUAUCAGAGGAGAGCCUCUCCCACCGCACAAAUGGACGCUUGGCCGGUUCGGCAUGGCAAUUAAUAUCGGGGCGUUGUGCUUCCUCUGCCCGGUUUUCGUGUUCGCAUUCUUCCCGCUCACUUCCACGGUGGAGCCAGAAACCAUGAACUGGUGCGCAGUGAUGUACGGUGGGAUUCUUAUCGUCGCGGUGGUUUAUUAUGUGUUGCGGGGACGGCACCACUAUAUCCCGCCCGUGGCGCUGGUGAAGCGAGAGAUGUAG